AUGGUGCAGAAUGCGAUCACCCUCCUCAUUGCUGGCUAUGAAACAACUUCCGGCAUGUUCAGCUUUCUGUUUAUCAUGCUUCUGAAGAAGCCCCGUGCCCUCAAAGCGGCUCAGAACGAAGUCGACAAAGUCAUCGGUACCGGUCCCAUAACCAUAGAUCACCUGAACAAGCUCCCUUACAUCGCCGCGUGCAUGCGAGAGACGCUCCAGCUCUGGCCCACAGCCCUGGAAUCCGCCUCGAGCCAUGUUAAGCCAGAGAAGAUGUUGGAUGAGGCGUUUCAGAAGCUGCCGCCGAGAUCGUGGAAGAACUUUGACCUUCGGGCCUCUGGCCCUACGUAUGUCAUGAAGUAUCGACGGACGCUUUCUACCAACCCGAUUGGCUUCUCGUUCCACGCGACUCUGCGUGAUCAUCUUUACCCGGUUGAACUGGCAGGACGUCUUUGGGGUCAUGAAGAGCCACAUAAGCAUGAUGUGAAAGAUAAGAAGGUCAAUGGAGAUUCCGAGACUGAGAAAAAUCCACUGCAGAUAUUGUACGGCUCGGAUGCCGGAACGUGCGCCACUCGAAUUGCCGAGAAAGGCUUAUCAGACGUUGCAGGUAACCACGUCUUCGAUGACUUCGAUCGCUGGCGAGAAGAUUCCAUGCGGCCCGGCAUCGAUAUGGCAUUCGACCACCAAAAUGACAUAACAGCGCAAAGCGACGGUCUGGAUGUCGAGUUUCGUGACAGUUACCGAGUCAGCGACCUUCGUCAAGACGUCUCCGAGGCCAUUUUCAAAUCCACCAAGCCCCUCACCGGACCUGGGGUACCCCAGAAACGGCAUUUAGAAUUGCAACUACCAAGCAGCAUGACCUACAACCAAUGA